AUGGCGAUGGGGAAGCUUUUGUCGCAGCGCUUGUUCAAUAUCUCGAAAAUGGCGUCGCAAGGUCUCAUGAACUGCCGAAUUUCGUCUUCUUCAUUAGCCGUGCGAACUAGGGUUCCCAAAGAUCCAGGAGAAGCAACAAUCGAUCCAGAGCCUGGCGAUUUGUCGAUGUCGCGGAGGUUUCUGCACAAAAUCUCGAUGAAUCGGAUAGAAACUGCUCUGAAAAUGCCGAUUGGGGAGAGUUUGUUGGAGACGCUUCGAGAAAUGGAUGUGAACAAGGACCGGAUUCGAUUAGACGGACUUUCACCACAUCCUCCGAUGAAACCCGCGGCGGAGGAGGAGACGGAGACGUUGGGGAUUAGUGUGCGAGACGCGAAGAAGUUUCUAAGAGCUGCGCAGAUCGAAGUCGUUAGUAAUAUGAAGAACCUAUUAAUUCCAUGUUUGGGUUAG